AGACUGCCGGUUGCGCCCCUGCCCGUCGACUUGUCCGCCACCUGUUUUCAUCUCGCGCGCCCGGCCUUUAAACCGCACCACUCCAUCUCCACACUCUCGCACCUAGCUCAUUUGCUCAGAGUCGAUUAAGCACACAAACACGUCCAUAGGCUCGCUCGAGCACUUCGAGGCGAUGGGCUCGUCACCUCACGUCAACUUCCUCAAGAUGGUGAACCGGCUUGUGGUGAACAACUUCUUUGCGGUCGUCGCGGUGACCGGCGCCGCGGCCAUGCUGAUCCGGAGGGAUAUCGUGGGCCAGAUGCCGCCUGUCCACGCCUUGAUGGUGCUGCUGCUGAUGAUGAUCCUGGCGGCCAAGAUGCGCCGGCGCCGGGAGGUGUACCUGGUGGAGUACGGCUGCUUCGGCCCCAAGUCGUGCUACCGCACGCCGUUCGCCACGUGCCUGGAGCACGCGCACCUGAUGCCGUACCUGGUGGACGAGGAGAGCGUGGCCUUCGCGAUGCGUCUCCUGGAGCGGUCGGGGCUGGGCGAGGAGACCUGCGUGCCGGACGCGUACCACUACAUGCCCCCGGACCGCAGCCUGAGGGCGUCCCGGGAGGAGGCAGAGCUGGUCAUAUUCUCCGCGGUCGACGACGUGUUCGCCAAGACGACAACCGUGAUCAAGCCGUGCGACAUCGACGUCCUCAUCGUCAACUGCAGCAUCUUCACGCCGACUCCCGUGUUCGCCGACAUGGUCGUCAACAGAUACAAGCUCCGGGACGACGUGAAGAGCGUGAACCUGUCCGGGAUGGGUUGCAGCGCCGGGCUCGUCUCCGUGGGCCUCGCCAAGAACAUCCUCCACGCGGCGCCGCUGGGCACGCGCGUGCUUGUCGUGUCCACGGAGAUCCUCUCGUCGCAGUACUACGUGGGCACCGAGCGCGCGAUGCUGCUUCCCAACUGCCUCUUCCGCAUGGGCGCGGCGGCCAUGAUCCUCUCAAACUCACCGGAGGAGGAUCAGGCGCGCUUCCGGCUCCGCUGCGUGGUGCGCACCGUGACCGCCGCGCAUGACGCCGACUACCGGUGCGUGUUCCAGGAGGAGGACGACAAGGGCAACACGGGCAUCCGUCUCUCCAAGGACCUCGCCACAACCGCCGGCUACGCGCUCAAGAACAACAUCGCCGCGUUUGGGCCCCUCGUCCUGCCGGCCUCGGAACAGCUCCUCGUGGCGCUCUCCUUGCUCAAGAGGAAGCUCCUGAGCGGGCGAGCCAAGGUGAGGCUGUACCGCCCGAACUUCCGCACCGCAUUCGAGCACAUCUGCAUCCACGCGGGGGGGCGCGGCGUCAUCGACGAGGUGCAGCAUGGCCUUGGGCUCUCCGACGACGACGUCGAGGCGUCGCGGAUGACGCUGCACAGGUUCGGCAACACGUCGAGCAGUUCCGUCUUCUAUGAGCUGGCCUACAUGGAGGCCAAGGGCCGGAUGAGCAAGGGCGACAGGCUGUGGAUGAUCUCCUUCGGUGCCGGCUUCGACUGCAACAGCGUCGCGUGGGAGUGCGUCAAGCCGAAGCAGCCCGGCGACGCAGACGGGCCGUGGGCCGACAGCCUCGCCCGCUACCCGAUGCAGCUCCCCGAAAUCGACAAGGACAUGUGAGGGGAGCAGAGCGUAUGCAUUAUUUUCACGGCACGCACGUCUGGUGUUCGACCCAGAGUUGCCUCGGAAAGCUCCUGUUUGAUACAUCUAUCUUCGCUUGGAGUACCAACAAUUAAGUUGUACGUGCUGGAAAAGAGAACUUGCACAACUUCUACUGUACUUCCCUCCCCUUUUACAGGUGCCAACAGGAACUAAGCGAAAUCUAUAAUCUUUAUAAAAUUAAUCCAGUAAGAGUUAUUAA